AUGGACCUGAAUCUGCUGCGAUUUACUCAACAGCUAUUUGUCCGCCUACCUCCUAACACCACGUCGUUCUGUGCGACGUUAGAAGCAUUUCUCGGGGACCGGGGAUAUAAGCUCACGACAAGGGACUCAUUGCGUCGACGAUUCGGAAACGCGCUCCUCUGGUACUCAAACCUCCUCAAUGCGACCAAGAGACACGUGCAGGAUGCUGUCGAACAAGCCCGAUGUUCUGUCUUGCAUGAGGCCUGUGAGUCGACAUCACGCAUUCGGACACCUGGUACAUAUUGGCUCAAUGCGGCCUUGCUCCCCUUCCCCCUCGCCAUUGCCCUCGGCCUUCGCCUCUUCAUCGCACUUCGAUUUGCGCUCGCAAUCGUGCUUGCCCUCGGAUUCACCGAUGCGCUCGACCUCGGAUUCACCGAUGCGCUCGACCUCAAAGUCUCCGACGCCCUCGAAUUCGGAGUCACCGACGCACUCACGCUCGGAGUCACCAACGCGUUCGCCAUCGAAGCUGUCAUCUCCCGCCGUAGAUGGAGGGCAUGCUGGACAGAGCAAGUCGUUCACACUGCCGGAGGACCUGCUGAGACCAAAAGGGGGAAGGGAGACGGGCAUGAUCAUCCACGCGAAGCCGAGGAGUCAGUCUUCAUCCAGGAGGAGGAGGUGAAGAAAAUGGAGUCGUAUGUUGAGCAAAUUCGACCAAGUAGGGACACUGGGCGGCGCCGUGCCCAACCUCCCAUUUCGGCCGAUGACGAUGAUGGGUAUGAAGAAGGCCUCAAGGUACCAAGGUCUGUGCUCGAUGGCUGCCAUGAAUCCUUCCUCGCCGCCGAUGAAAAGCGCGAGAAGGCUAGCACACAGUUUUUCUCGGACACCGGCCUGAUGGCAUUGCUGUGCAGGCACGAUCGCGUCCUUUGGUUAGUAAACAUGACCUCGGCAGGGGAGAAACAACAUUACGCUCUCGCUCUCAUUCAACGGCUCUUCACGCAUCUACCCCGUUCCACCACCAUCGGGAUCUUGUAUGAUAUCGCCUGCCAGCUGCACCGGAGUUGCAUCAAGUGGGACCUUCUCGGGGAUUUGUUCGACCGCAUCAUGUUCGCUGUCUCGAUCUUUCACGCGUACGGGCAUCAAUGGCCAUGCCAACUGAUAUACCAUCUGAGGAAAUGCAUUGGAUUUGGGCUCACGGACGGGGAGGGUUGUGAACGCUUCUGGAGCUCAAUCCGAAAGCUAAUACCAUCUCUUCGUGUCUCUGGGUAUCAUCAGCGCCUGUUCGUUCUCGAUGCACAAGUAAAGUAUCUUGACCAGCAGUCCCUCUUCAGCCUCGGUCAUUGGCUCAAUAAGAAGUGGAAGCAAUGCCAGGCCAAGAGACUCGUAGCGGCGGAAGCAGUUGAGCAAUGUGGGAUCACAGAUGAGGUGUUACGUGAGCAAUGGGCGGCACAGGUUCGCGAUCAAACCAAGCCCGCGCCUCGGCGUUCUCGCGAUAAAGGAAAGAAGGCAAUCCAGACAAUCCUGGCACUGCAGAAGAUGCUCGGCGCGUACAAUGAGAGCGUGCGCCUACUGGAACUCAAGUUACUUGGUGACGACGACGACAUAUUCAGCAUCGAGGAGGUCAGCUUAAAGCUGAUGGAGGCAAGGUCUAAAGUAGUGAACGUCAAGCAAGCCUUGCAACGUAAGAAGACUGCGUUGGGAGUUGGUGAGCGGCUGCAGCUCUCACGUUUGAUCAACAACGCCUUCCUGAGGCUGCGUAUGAAUGUGCACACAAUCAAGCAGCGCAUCCGCGACCGUCUCCGCCAGUGCAAGUUCGAGCUCGAGCGGCUCGAACGCUCGUAUCGUCAAAUGGUCAACAACAACAAGCUCAGCUCUCACGCUGAGUCGUCAAUCAAGCGUCGCGAGCCCGGCAUCCUCAAGCUGGCCAAGACCUACAACGACUUGUGCAAGCAGAUGGACCUUCUCAUCAAGCAACGCAAGGCCCCGCGAUACGCAGUAUCGCCGCAGCUGAUUCAAGGCAACGGCCUCUUCAAGCUUGACGUCGAUGACGAUAUUUGGCAAGACGUCGGCCUCGAUGAUGAUGACGACAUUGCCGCGGUCCCGCAUUGGCUCGGUGAUGAGACUGUUUGCGAAGGCAUCAAGAAUCGCCUCUUACUAGAUCGCUGCAAUGAGGAGGAGGAGCGGUUGCGGGAAGAAAGGUGUUCUCUGCAAGAGUGGUUUGCGGAGGAGUGGACGAGCAAUGAGAGGGCUUGCGUGGAUGCAGGUGACAAUCCAGACCUCCUCUACCAGCUUGACUGUCAACGUGAGUCGUUAUGCCGGCUGUGUGUGACGUGGCAGGCCCGAGUACGCAUGAUCCCUUGCAAACGAGACAUGACCGAGACCUGGGGUCCAUCCGAAGCACAGCUAACUGCAGCAGCUGCAUAUGAGAUCACCGGAAGCUGGGAUGAUGAAGGUGAUGGUAUCCGCUCCGUGAACGCUGCGCGGGAUGCCAACGAUGAAGAUGAGGUGAGCUUUGAUGAGGCCACGGAUCCCGAAGAUGAUGGUGAACUCCUUGAUGCUGCUGAGGGUGCUGCAUUGACCGAUGCAUAUCAUCCCAGUGCGGUAGAUUUUGACUCCGAUAGUCUCUUCGAUGAUGGAGUCAUGCGAAUGGUUAGUCAAUCCUCGCGCAAGUGGGUGCUUCACCUCUAG